AUGCAACGGCCAAUCCACUGGGCGCGUCAGGCGAUUGUGAGUUCCCAACCCCCAGUCAAACCGCGGCCGAAGUGCAAUCUGGCGCAGCAGGAACAGAGACAUCACCACAACAACAGUCAUCUCCGGCGAAACCCCAGCAAGAAGGCAGUGCGGCAGGAGCCCGUGCGGGGAAUGGAGCCUCCACUGCUGUUGGGGAGCAGCCGGGCACCGCGGCGGGCCCCACCGGAAGUCGGGAACCAUCGACGGGAGGCCCUCGGGAAACUGCAACGCCAUCGGUUGACACUGCGGCUUCGUCAACACAGACGGCAGGGGAGAGGGCAGCAGAUGGAACGAAGACGACGACCACCCGAAGUCCGAGUGCUGGGAGCAACGCGGACAUGA